GUAUAAGAAGAGUUGAUUAGGAUGUCCCGUAGUGAGAAUUACUCGGUGCGGCUUUGACUAUCAACCUCGUCCCGUUCCAAACUUCCACCUCAAACAACAGUCAAUAUUAUGAAGCUUCUAUCAUCAAUCGCAUGCCUCCUAGGUACGGCAGCUGCCGCGGUCGACAUUCUGUUGCCGCUUUAUAUCUACCCUAUCAACGAUCUACAGAAGCCUUACGAUGGUACUGUGGACUGGCAAGCAGCUAUUGCUGCCAUUGACGCCCACCCGGACUUGACAUUCAACGUCAUCAUCAACCCCAACAGCGGCCCUCCCUUUGCUUUUGAGGACGGCAUCAAGAUUGACUGGGCCCAGUGGAUUGACCAAAUCAAUGACCGUCCCAAUACUGUGACCUUGGGCUACAUCUCGACCCUUGGCACAGUACAAGCCCAGCCCCAGGACAUCGCCGUCGUCAAGCAGGGAGUCGAUACCUAUGCCGCAUGGGAUACAACUAACGGCUGGGAUGGCAACUCUUGGGACAUUCACAUGGACGGUAUCUUCUUCGAUGAGGUCAACACCGCUCCCGCCCAGCUUCAGUACUACACUGAUAUCACCAACUAUGCCAAGUCCGCUACGGGCGUGGUGGUACUAAAUCCGGGUGUGGCCGUCGACCCCGCCAGCUCCUCGCUCUAUACUGUGGCCGAUGCAAUCCUGUCGUUGGAGACAUGCUACACGGCUGAUUCCGAUGCGCCCCAGGAUCGGUGUCCGAGAAAUACGUACACGCCGUUCACGCCCGCGUCGUUGAGCUCGCUACCGACGGACGCCGCGCAGAGAGCCAAGUCUGCUGUUCUGGUCCACGACUUUUAUGACGAUUGGCAGCCUUACCAGCCUGCUCCGGUGGCGACUCUCCAGGCAGAUAUCAAUGCUAUUGUUGCGCAGGGUGUGCAUAGCUUGUAUAUCACGCAGUGGGGAUAUAAUGAGAGCUUCACGCGCGAGCCGGCCAGUGUUGGGACCGUCUCCAAUUUGCUGGCGCUGGCUCAGGGCUUGGGAUCCGGCGUGCCCCUAUGAUUGAGGUCUAUCAUAGCCUUGGAAAUUAUCGUUGGCUCAUCCAUCUCAUUGUCAGACUCGCGCAAAUAGGACUCUGGUCGAAUUACAUGUGGUGUUUCUAAAACUCACUUAUAAAUUUGCCGUGCUUCCAAGCCUUUGGUGCGAAGA